AAAUGUCAGAUGAAAUUAAAUCAGUUAAAAAAUAACAAACCUAAAUAAUCCAGAGUGUACUUUUCAAACCGAGCUUAUGGGCCUCGAAAAAGAACUAUGUAAUUAUUUCUCAUAUGAUUUCUUUAUUCAGUGGGGCCUUAAUAAAAGAAGGAUACAAAGAAAUAACCGCAGCGAUGGCAACGGAAACCUUUCUUGACUUGACAAGCGACCGAGCAAAAUCAUCGAAACGCCCCAUAAGGCCAAAAUUACUCAAAUUACCGGACGUUACCACACCACACCGUAGUCGCAAGAAGAUUAAAAUAAAGUCAAAAGAUCGCCCUGCAGCUGUACGUGAUCGCAUCUAUGAUGAUCCGGCCUACACAGAAGACAUAAGCCAUCUUGCAAACCCCCAGCGCCGGAGCAGCAUAUCGGGAAAAUCUUCGAGAGAUUAUAAACUUAGUUCCGAUAACUCUACGCAGCCGGUGGCAAGUAGCAGCUCUUUAGGUAAACGCAGUCAAUUGACAAAGGACUUUUUAAAGUAUGCGAUGAAUGCACCCAGCAACAGUGGAGCAGUAAGCAUAAACUUUGAUUCCAGUAGUUCGGACAACGAGCAACCGAGGCUAUUUAAAGAUGGUAGCGUACCAAGGCGUGCUUUAAGCCUGGAGCGAAAUUUAGCAGUUACUGGGGCCGAGAAGAAUGAUAAGAAAUCGGCCCCUCAAAAGCGCAGCUCCAAGCAAAAGCGAAAUCUGAGCCUUGACAACAGCCGAAAGGGAACACAGCCACAUCUGCAGCAGAUUCCAGCAAAAAGCAUACAGAGUUACGAGCUCGAAACACUAAACACUCGGAAGGAACACAAUCGGAAGAAAUACCUGGAAACAGAAAUGAAACUUGGUCGGGGCUCCAGCGAUCAGGAUGACCUUUUCUCGGUACGUAGCUCGGCACAGAACUCGGCCGCCACGUUACCCAUAGAGACGAAUGUUAAGUUGCCAAUUGGGCGACGUCUUUUAAAAGGCGAAAUUGGUAUCAAGAGCUUUAACUACUACCUCCUGAAGGAGGGCUUAAAGAGCUCUAAGAAGCUUGAUAAGAAACGCAAUACAGGUGAUACAGCCGGCAAUAGUGUCAAGAAAUUGCAUACACGCAGCGAAGAGAACAUUUAUGAAGAGAUAUUCUUUAAGGAUACGCCAAGCUCAAUUAAACCAAAAAACAGUGCACCAAUAACAGCUGGAACUGUGCUACCCGAUGAGGAUGUCGAAAGACAGCACCAGCAGCAACAGCAAUGUUUGCCAGAUUCAGUCGUUUUUGCCGAUUGUGAGCUCUGCAUGCAGCAAUGCAGAAAUGAAAAUUGCAAGUAUUGUCUAGUCCAAGGUGAGUCGACGGCAAAUAGUCAACUGCAGCAGGACAAUGGCAGCGAUAAGCUGGCAAGCACAGAAAGUGGAUUUCCGGCUGCCCACAUUCUUGAAUUUCAGUCAUACAAUCCAAGCAAUCCGGGCGUAUAUAAAAUUGAAACGACACCCGUGGCAAUAACGGGCGAAUACAAUCCAAUACUGCAGUUCCAGAAAUCUUCUGCGAAAACAUCCACAUCUGCCACGAUAUCUUCCUGCGAGCAGCAGCAUAAUAAUAAUAACCAUCGCAACCACCAACAACAAGAUCAGCAUCAAAAGCAGCAACCAGCUUACAGAGGAUUUAAUAAACACCAAGAACAUUCCAGGUCUCACCAGCAUAACUUAGCAAGUCGUCCGCUUGCGAAUCACUACAACGUAGGCGGCAGCCUGUUGCUGGCACAGGUGACAGCACGGCAACCGCAACCGCAACAGCAUCUGCAACAGGGUUAUAUUGUCGGCUACAAAAAUGGUAGUGUUGCACCGACAGCCUCAUCCGGGCACCGUAUUAAUACGAAGUCUUCCUCGUCUAGUGACUCACUGCCCUAUCACAAAUAUAACACAAUGCCACUAUUAGACGCGAAUGUGUUUGCAGCUCCGGCCACGGCUGACAUCUACUAUGCUAUAGGAGGAGUAGGGGCGCCAUCGCUGCAUCCUUUAAUGUGCGCGGCCAGUAGACCUAUUGGUGGCUCGCAAAUUUUGGUCGAUCAAUUUGAAUCGCAUAUGUACAAGAGCGACUCAAAGGCUUCCAUCCUGAGUGAAUUUUCUCUGCGCAGCAGCGAUAAUUCACAGCGGUACUCGCGAUACCCGCAUCGCUCCAGUCUCUUCUCCUCGCACACUCCUCGCACAAAUCAUCGUCGACUUUUUGGCAGCACGGAGAACUGUCGAGUUGCCUAUGACUGUAGACGCUGCAGCUUUGACGGCGUCAUGAGUGCUGCUGGAGUCGGUGUGACCCCGGCUGAUAAAUGCAGCAACACGGAUAACUGUCGCUACGAGUGCCGUAACUGCGACUGCUCAUCGAGCUAUUUCAGCUCCGACUUUGAUGAUAUUUAUGGCUCGAUGGCGCGUGGUGGCAGCAGUGGCAUACCCCGUAAAACGGCGGCAGGUACGUUGCCAUCUAGUGGACCGACGGAUCCAACUACUAGCUACAAGGCACCGACCCCUGAACAGCCGCAGCCGCAACAGCUCGACCUCAAGCAGAACAAAUAUGCCAUGGACUUCUUCAAGCAUGUCAAUGAUGUAAAGCGCAGCAUUUAUCAGUCCGAAACGCAGCGUAAUAAUAGUUUGGACUCAACACGUCGUGGAUAUCGAACCAGCACCAACAAUAACUCCGAUUUAAGUCCUAAAAUCAAAGCAUCAUAUCCUCUGGAAGCGACAUUUAUUGUGACGACAUUGCCACUUAGCAAAGGGCGGGGCAUGACAGCAAAGCCCACGCCGGCGCCUAGGACCAGCCUUAAAAAUCAGUCGCAAAAGCAGACACCAGAGGAAGAUACGACGCACACACAAAGUAAUCGUAAGCUGCAUCCUACGGAAAUACAUGAAUAUCCUUCAUUGGAUCGACUAGUAGCGUCCACAACAGGUGCUACACCAAAGUGGCAGAGCCGCGCAACGUCGGAGGAAGGGCCUAAAGGCAACAAACAAAGGACCAUGCACAAAGAAACAGAGCUAAGAGAGCGACGUGAUCGAAGUGCACCUACAGCUUCAAUUGAGCCAAUUGCCUCAUCUACAGUGGGUACAUCAGGUAAGAAACAUCAUCGCUCGAAUAGCGGCAACCCAGCGUCAACCAUACGUCGCAAGGAUAUACCCGCGCCACCGCCACCCUCGCCAGCCACUUACUCAGAUCUGCAAGAAUUAAAGGCCAAUAUGGAGGGACUUCAGGACGACACUAAGUCACGCUCUUUAGAGAGUGAAGCCAGCGAAACUCCCACAACUACAGGGCAAGCGGCUGUUAAAAUAGUUGAAGCUACUGUAAAAUGCACAGAGCCAGUUGUAUUAACAGACGCAGCUCAAUUGGCACUGAUAGCAGAAGAAACCGGAAAGAGCAAUGCAACAAUGGUGCCAAGCAAAACUGCACCGGAAGCGGAUGAUGAUGAUGUUUUCUACGAUGCACGCAGCGAAAACUCGAUAGGCGGCUUAAGUGUCGCACCCUCAACGGAAGGGGCUCUACAAUCAUCGAAUUCUGGUCAAAAAAAAAAGGAUGUGUGCUUUAUACAGCCAGAACUUGAUAAGUCUGGCGUAUUUGCACAAUCGGUAGGUACGAACCUCACAACGAACCUCUUGCAAGAGCAAGAGCAGCUCAAGGACAUUGUGGAGAACUCCUUACCAAGCACAACGAUGGAUGCAACUGAAUCGAGUCAACCGUUACCAAAUGAUGAUUAUGUUGCCGGGGCCAAGAGUAAAACAUCAACAGAGGCUAGCAUCAAGAAAAGUUGUCAUACAUGUUGCCAAACUGAAGCAACAGCGAGUAUUCAGCAUAACGAAGCAACAGUCAAAACAAACACCGAAGUAGCGAGCACAACAAAAGGCAAUAAUAAUACAAGCAUAACUGAGGUAACAACCAGAAAUGUUGACGCAACUAUAGCGGAGGGGCAAGCAACCAGUUUGAUGGCAACAAAUGUUGCCUACGACGAUUCAACAAUCAUUGGAGCAACAUUGGAGCUCGAGUUCAGUUGCAAUUCAGCACACACGGACAGCGCAACGCUUGCAAACAGUGAUCCGCCUACAGUGACUACUGAAAUAGUAGCAACAUGCCAGGACAUCACCUGUCUCGACUCGAGUGAGGCAUUUUCUGACGAUAGUCACCUGACGCGUGAUUCGGUAACGCGUGAAUCGCAAAACGACGAGCUGUCAUCAUCGACGCACGACAAGAUCGAUCUUAGUACCUUACCACUUCCCGCUCUACCAACCAAACGAAGACGCACACGCUUACGCGCUAGUCCCUCAAAGAAUCAUCACCAACAGCAGCCGCGCUUGGAAAACAGCCAAUAUGAAGAUGCGGCGGCAGAAAAAACGUCACACCGAAAUAAAAAACCACAAAGGUACUCAGUCCAGGAAACGAUAAACAUUGAGCAACUGAACGUACCGCAUGAUAACGCAAAACUGCAACAAAAUCAGCAGCAGCAGCAACACCUCUCCGCAUUCCAGCAAUACGUUGCCAAGCGACGUGAAAGUCUUGAAGCAUCGACGCGUAAUUUUAACGAGAAACUGGAGGCGCGUAGAAUGCUCUGCCACAUGGGUGGUAAUGGCGGCUCAAGUGGUUCGCCCGCUGCAGCAGCAACGGAUGCUGGAGUGCCUACAUAUAUAUUUGGUGAGAACUUCUAUGGUAUAUCUGGUGGUACGCAAAAGCCCUAUUCACAAGCCAGCAAUAAAGAGGAAAUCUUUCUUAACAAGUCUGGCUGGGUGCAAGUGAGCAAAAAGCUAAAUACGAACAGUGAUAACAAAGGCCGACGCGUGAAUAACAGUCAUCAUAAUGGAGAAGCUACUGAAAUGGAUAAGGCACAUGGCCGUAAAGCUAUACGCGUAAUACAAAUUGGUCAAGCACACCGGCAAGAGCAAAACCGGCAAACAUUUCCACACAAUUCGGCAAGCCGGUGUGAUCGGGAACCCAAAUUCGUGGGUUCCAAGGUGGAGGAGUUAAUUCAGCGCAACGAAGCACGAUUAGGUGGGAUAUCCUCAAGAGAUUCAGCUUUGCGUCCGGGCUAUCGAAUUGUGGAUCCCCAAUUGGCGAGCAUACUUAAUGAGCGUCCCGGCUUUCUGCCUGUUACCGAUCUGGAUUCACCGCCACCCAUAACCCCUAUUCUUUCGCCACCGCCCGCUUUUCAGGAUAACAGCAGCAAAAGCAAUCGCACAAAUCGACAUCAGGAGCGACGCAAGAUUAACCUCCAGUCAUAUGUACCUACUCAGCAAUUACGGGUACUUCAGACCCCGAUUCAAAUGCAACAGCAGCCGGGACAUGGCUCCGGCAGCGGUACUAGCAGUGGAAAGGGCAUGGUCUUUUCGCGCAGCUUCGAGUAUGACAUGCGGCGACCCACACCCGCAAACAGAUACGUGGACACAUUUUCGCGCAGCUUUGAUGACAACCUGUCGGAACGACCCGUAGUCAUGCCAUCUUUGGCAGUGCAGCGCGAACGCUCCCUCAACUUUAGUACAUUAACUGGUAAUUCGCCGAAUUACUUAACAAAGCGAGAAGGCGGCGGCGGCGGCGGUGGUGGCCGAUCGCUGCGCAGCCGAGAAAACUCUCCAAAAUACCUUCAGCCGCAAACCACCGCCUAUCUUAAUGCGUCUGUGAAGGAAGCACCACCGGCGUACAGCGUAGCUAGCAACAAUAUGGCAAAGUAUUCGCCGCGCUCCCGACAUGACCGCGCCUUUGAACGCUCUAAGAGCCACAAUGUAAUGGGACGUUCGCGGAAGUCACAAUUCAGCUGCAUCAGUGGCAACAGUGGCUCAGGCUCAGGUGGCCCCCCGCCUAUCGCCCAGGGAAUGUCGCGUUUUCGGAGCCUGGAUAUGACCAUCAAUAAUCGUCUUAAUUCUUGCGAUAGCGGUGCCCGAUCAGAAAAUAUUGCUUUCACAGAUCUUUCGAACGACGAGCUCGAUAUCGAAGAGGGCAGCUCUACGGAAUUCCUUUCAACUAACUAUCAGCUGCCUAAUGUGGCCACGGGAAGCGCUAGUGUCUCACCAUUUAAGACUCAGCGUCAGCGAUCUCUUACACCUGACCGAAACGACUCGCACAGCUCUUCAAGCAGUUUGCGAAAACAGCGUUCUCUCACGCCGGACUCACGCUCUCUGACUCCAGAAGAAAGGCGAAAAAAGGGCUCCCAGAUAUCCCUGAUUGGCUCACGGCAGAACUCUAGCUCCCGCAGCAAUACGUUAGAGCGACGACAGCGUCACGACGAUAAGACUCCGCCAACUAUUUCACGCAGCUCUUCUAGUUCAAGCUACAGCGGCGGCGAAUCGCAUGAUCUAUUGAACGGCAGUCCUAACACUGCUAGUAGUGCUGCUGGUGGUGCAUCUUGUGCGACCAAUUAUCGUCGUUCGAUGGGACGCACUCCAGCCAAACAGGUAGAGCAGGAACAUCUCAUUCGACGCUCCAGUAGAUCCCUUCAACUUAGCGAGCGGUCCCCGAAUCGCACGCAAAAAUCUAUAGUAUGUGUGAGUGGUGGGGUUUCCCCACUGCAAAAGCAGCAGGCAACGGCUCAUUAUCAGCAAGCGAAUACCGGCAUCUUUCCAAACUCCCUACGUGCCACAGUAUCCGCCAACAAAUUAUUGCCCAGUUCAAAGGGAGCAACGGGCAACUCGACAGCUCGACAGCGUCAAGUCGACUUGGACAAGGCACGUUCCUUUGAUUUUGACUACAACAAUUACAAUCGAAGUGGUGCCACCAGCAAUGCCACACGUUCCGCCCAUACCAGUGGUGGUGGUGGUGGUGGUGGUGGUGACAGCGGCAAUAAUCCGAAUUUACGCUCGGAUUGUGAUAAGAGCCGGUCUUUUGAUGAGGACUACCGCGCAGCACUGCACAACAACAACGGCAUAAGUAGCUCUGGCAUUCAUUUUUUUAAAUCAGGCAGUGAACCAAAUGCUGUUGUAUCAUCGUCCACUCGGUUGCGCCAUUCUAACUCUCCAGUCGGUGGAGCGGCCCAUGAUCGCACGCCGACACGUUCACCACAAUCUUCAGGCUCAUCGUCCAACAACAUCCAACUAACAUCGCAAUGCACGAGCAGCCCCCCCGCUAAUAGCGGGUAUGGUAUGCGCCUAUGUGACCAUGAACUAUCUUACGAUAUGCUGAGAAAGUCACCGAUCAUGAAUUUCCGACGUGGGGACAGCGAAUACGAGAUCCCCAUGCAGUUGCGUAAUCGCGAAACUAUCAACUCCGGCGGCAACAGUGAACUUAACUUUAUGAGCAACGAAACGCAUAUUUACGAGCACCCAACGACUGUGCUUAAUCCGCAGCGUUCUGGCUCACGUGAAGAGCAUUUGUACAGGGCGACAGGUGCGACGCCGCGCAGCAGCAGUCCUGAACCGCAAACCGCGAGAACAGCCACCAACAAGAAAUGCAGAAAAAGUCUAACAUAUUGCGAUUAUUGGCCACGCUGUAGUGCUUGCAGUAGCACAAGCUCUAGUAACUUGCAGGAUUUUGCCUCUUUGGGUCAGAGCGCAAUCAGAGGACAAGAUGCUUUGCCCGUUGUUACUCAAGAUAUGCAACAGCCACAUAUCUCCAAAGUGGCCUUAAAAGGGAAUCUCAUUAAAUUCGACAUAAGUGAAACAGCAACAAGAAUAUCUCCUAGCCAGGCCGGUAUACCGCAGUGGAUGUUCCUGUGCAGCGGUGGCAUUAAUAGAAAACCUGAAAGGGGAGAAGCCAAUCCUCAUGACUUCAAAACGACCAGUAGAGAUCGUCGACAGCCAACUGCUGUUAUUCGACCUCGUGUCGUACCCCUGACUGCCAGUUCACUUGUACUUUUAGGAGGAAAUUGCGAUCUUGUUACCGGAACACAAACUUCUGAUGCCAAAGAGCAGUCCAGACAUGUGCCUACGGAAUCUCUACAAAGCACCAUGAAAAAUAACUUAGAAAAUGCAAACCAGAGCGAGCUGUCAAAUCAAGAGCAACAAUUGAUGAUGAACCGUAAUAAACGGAAACGGCCACGAUGCAAUUCACUUCCGGUCAGAAUAUCAGCCCCACCGAAGCUGCAACCAGUUGAAACUGUUGUAAGAUUGCCAAAAAGUGGAAAGGAUAAUGUCAGCAUAAUUGGUAUACGCUGUAGCGGAAACGGCGAGUGUUUGUCCCAACAGAUGCGUGCCAUUUCGAGUCCAGCGCUUACAGGCUCCGUAAUAUCGCCAAAGUACCUCCAGGAUGAAUUUGCGGAAGCUCGUGAGCUAACAAAGGAUGCGGCUGCUACAACUGAAGCCAGUUUCGACUGCGGUAUAGUUGAAGGGAACCAGACUAGUCUGGGCGUCUUACAGAAAUUUAAACGCACAUUGCAUAACUUGAAUAAUAGAAAUCAAUUGCAAAUUACGCCCUUGCACACAGGGGCAGUCGUUAACGCGGACACAAAGCCAAUGCCUAUAAAUCCGAUGGUCUCCAUUACAGUACCUGCGCCAGUUGUAGACAAUAAGAUUGACCCAACAGACAACUGUGGCGUAGAUACAAGCUCCGCCAAAUACCGCUUUGGUCCGUUAAUUUGGCGCUCAUCAAAGGAACGUCGUAAGACAAAAUUUAAUCGCCGCGACAAGUGCAAUUCUGGUGACUCCGGUAUCCAAAUCGAAUUAGAAUUGGAUGAACAGUAUAUGCGCACACUGGCGAGCGGGCAGCCACGAGCAGCCAGUGCCCUGACAAACCCGUCAAGUGCCAUGGACCGAAAGGCACGUACCAUACGCCGUUGUCACUCUGCCAAAGCAAGCACCAUAAUGGAGCAAGCCGCUGUACAACCCCCGGUCAACAAUCAGCUUAAUAAAGGCAGCAUUUGCAACAUAGAACGCGAAGCCCCCGAGUCUUUACCUACGCGCUCCCUCAGUCAACCCAGUGGCUUAGAAAUAUAUGGGAAAUGCAGAACCGAUAUUGAGGACAGCGAUAGUGACAGCAUCGCGUCACAUGAGGAAGCAAACAACUUCUGUCCCAUUUAUGCGGAAGUGCUCUACAACUUCACCGCGGCUGGUCCGCAAGAGCUGGGUCUGGAGCGGGGUACUUUAAUCGAGAUAUUGCGGAAGGAAGUAGGCCCUUGGUGGUUUGGACGUAUUAAAAAGGAGGAUGUUAGUCUUGUAGAAGAAAUUCAUGAUCCUGAAAUUGGCUGGUUUCCCAAAGAAUUUGUGCGCAUAAUUCAUAGUUGUGAAAUAAAUGCUUUGCUGAAUGUGCAAAAGACGAUGAAAGAUGAUGUAUCUGUUCCUGCAGCCGUUGCAGACAUCCAAAUCCCAGUGCCCGUUAGUGAACUAAACACCGGCGAUAACAGUGCCAAUGCCAUGACUUUGGAUCAGAGUAACAUCACAACCAUAGUCAUUGAAUCACCCUCAUCAACUGUCCUCACGCUACCACCGCGCAUUAAUGAGCAACAGGACAGUUACGAUAUAAUACGGUACGGUGCUGUGCGUGAGCUCCUCGAAACUGAAAUUAAUUACGUAAAGCUUCUGGCUUCGAUUUGCGAUGGGUAUUUGCCUGCCAUGAGCAAACGCAUCGAUAUAUUUUCUCCCAACAGCAUACGACUUAUAUUUUCCAAUAUAACAGCCAUUUACAAGUUUCAGCGAAAGUUUUUGGAAGCGCUGCGCAACGGCAUUGAACAGAACCAAGUAUCUAAGGUAUUUCUAAAAAUGCAUAAAGGAUUCCUCUGCUACUCUACAUACUGUAAUGCUUAUCCACGUGCACUUAUCGAACUCGAAUCCUACGAACGCAUCAAAGACGCACGCACCAUUUUAGAGAACUGCCGUGAAUCCGAGAACUUGGCUGAACUACCCCUAUCUGCGCAUCUCCUGGCGCCAGUGCAACGCAUUUGCCGUUAUCCACUGCAUCUUAACGAACUUAUUAAGACUGCUUUUAGCAGUAACCUCGCUGAAGAUACAAAUGAGGUUGCUGUCCAAACGGAUAUCUUAGACUAUGAACAGAUCGAUCUAUCUCAGUGUGAUGUUCCUGAUACGCACGACACCGUUAAUUUGGCGCUGAAAAAGAUGCGCGGCAUCACAGAGGCUGUAAACGAGGGAAAACGCCACAGUGAGACCAUUGCACGGCAUCAGUCAAGCUUUCAAAACUUUAAAGGACCACCGCUACACCUGCACAGUACACGUUUUUUCAUUCAAGUAGACGCCACGCGCCAAAAGCAGAACCUGUGGAAUAGCAGCUGCACACUGUUCCUUUUCGAUAACCAACUGAUUUACUGCAAACGAGAUAUUAUCAAGCGCAGCCAGUUCAUCUACAAGGGACGAAUCUUUUUGGAUCGUUGUCGCAUCGUUAACGUACGGGAUGGAAAAAUGUUUGGUCAUACAAUUAAAAAUUCACUACGAAUCUACUGCGAAUCGCGGGACAAGUGGUACGACUUUAGCUUCCGCUCGGCUAACCGUAAACAUCGCUUUCUUAAUACGCUUGCCUUAGAGCGACAGUUUGGGGGCAAGGCACUAUACGUGUCCGAGAUGACUGGGUUUGAGUACAACUAUGAGGAACGCCCGGGUUACUAUUCUGACCAAUCGGAAUACGAGUUGCCAGAAUGCGAGCCUGCACAGGGCAACACGUCGGCAAGUGGCGACAGUUCAGUACCCGAAUCACCGGCUAAGUCACCCUACCGAUCUUGCGAUACUUUGCCCAAAAAAUCCCAGUCGCGCGACGCUAUUGCCAGUACUAGUAAUGGCUCUGGACAUAUGUCAACUGGGUCGCUAGGCCGUCGGCGUCUAGGAAACUGGUUCCGGAAGCCAAAGAGUUCCAACUGUACGCCUAGUCAGUCACCUACGCACAAACCGAACUUCGAUGCAGAUUUAACGUUAACGGCCGCACGUGUUGCUGCAAUUGAAAUGGUUAGAGCCUCUGCCGCGCAACAAGAGGCAGACAGCUCGUUUGCUUAGUUAUCCUAUUAUUUCAUAAUUAUUUAUCAUUUUGAAGAAUACAAAUCACAACAUUCAAUAAUUGAAAAGCAACCUAUUUGCUAUAAAAGAAUGUUGAUAAAAAUACUGACACAGAAGUGUAUAUUUUAACAAUAAAAUAUUUUAGGUUAGUUCCUAUUUUUAUUUGAAUGUCUUAAAUCGCCUGAUGCCUAAUUUUUUCUAUACUGAAUUAAUGUUUAGAAUGAAAUGGUCAGUUUUCUGUAUAAAAUGUACAAAAUAAUAAAUGUUUGUUUUUAAUUGCUUUCUCUUUUUAUUAAACGAAUCAAGUAUAAUUUUACUAUCUGGGUAAUAUUGAUACACUCGCAAAACAUUUAAUUAAUAUUCUGUCCUGCUUAACGUGCAUGUGCGCAAAAUUAAGAACACAGCUACAAAAAACCCUUUCUAUACUGAACAAAAUAAUAACCAUAUGUAUAUUAUCAGAAUAUAAACUAUAUGUUAAAUAGUCACAGGUUAUAUAAAAUCUUGCAGAAAUGAGUUAAAAAGUAGUCAUAUUAUUGAGCAAAUGAAUUGUUACUUGUAAUUUUUAUUCAAAAAAAAAAUAAAAAUAAUAAUUAAAAAGAGAACUGUUAAAAUGAAAAUUGUGCAAGCCAAAAAAUAUUUCAAAACCUACGAGCGAAUUUAAUUUUCUUAAGAAAAACGUAUAUACCAAAAUAAGUUCAAAUAUAAGAUAACAUUGAGUUGAACGUUUUAAAAGCAAUUUACUAUUUAAUAGAUUUUGUAUAAACAAACAAAUGAACAAAAAAAAAACAUAAUUCCUUACAAUGUUAAUUCUGGACCAUCCCAUCAAGUGUAUUUGGCUAACAGAUAAUUAAGCGAUGUUUUUUAAUCCAGGCUCGAAUCAACUUAAUAAUAGGCAAACAUCGGGGAUGGAAUUAGAAGUAAAAUAAAGUAAUAAUUUAAACGAAA